AUGUUUAAGCAGAUACUUGGGAAGCUCCCUAAGAAACCAUCUGCCAAGUUUUGGGAUAAUGGUGAAUCCCAAACUCCAGACAACAACAACAACAACAACAACAGUCAAGGUGGUGAUGAAGCUGCUUUAAGCCAGAGACCAUCAUCAAACGGAGACAACAAUCUUGACUGUGUCUCUCUUGAGGUAUUGCCAAGGCUGAGAGACGUUUCCAUCUCAGAGAAGCAAGAGCUCUUUCUCAAGAAGCUUAGGUUAUGCUGUGUAGUGUUUGAUUUCGCCGCCGAGCCUCAGCAAAACCUAAAGGAGAAAGAGAUCAAAAGGCAGACACUUCUUGAAGUUGUGGAUUACGUUAUCUCAUCGGGUAACGGAAAGUUCCCUGAACAAGUGAUCCAAGAAGCUACGAAGAUGAUAUCAGCGAAUCUCUUUAGCAACCCUCAUCAGCAAUGGAAGAACAAAACUCCAGAGGCAAUAGAAGUUGAAGAAGAAGAAGGAUCUUUAAACCCUUCUUGGCCUCACUUGCAGAUUGUCUACGAGUUCCUUCUAAGAAUCGUCGCAUCUCCCAACACAGACGCCAAGAUAUCCAAGAAAUACAUCGACCACACCUUCGUCCUCAAGCUCUUGGAUCUGUUCGACUCCGAGGAUCCGAGGGAGAGAGAGUAUCUCAAGACAAUCCUCCACCGGAUCUACGGGAGGUUCAUGGUUCACCGUCCCUUCAUCAGGAAGACGAUGAACAACAUCUUGUAUGACUUCAUAUUCGAGACAGGGAAACACUCCGGGAUCGCCGAGUUUCUUGAAGUCUUGGGAUCGAUCAUCAAUGGAUUCGCCUUGCCUCUCAAGGAAGAGCACAAGCUCUUCUUGACUCGAGUCUUGAUCCCUCUGCACAAGCUGAAAUGCUUGCCGAACUACCACCAGCAGCUUUCUUACUGCGUUAUACAGUUCGUUGAGAAAGACUGUAAGCUCGCGGAUACGGUUAUUAGAGGGCUGUUGAAGUACUGGCCAGUUACUAACAGCUCCAAAGAGAUCAUGUUCUUGAAUGAGUUGGAGGAGAUUUUGGAAGCUACUCAGUCAACAGAGUUUGAACGGUGUAUGAUUCCUCUCUCUCGCCAGAUCGCUCUGUGCUUGAGCAGCUCUCACUUUCAGGUAGCGGAAAGGGCUUUAUACUUAUGGAACAACGAUCAUGUGAGUGAUUUGGUGAGACAGAACAGUAGAAUAAUUUUGCCGAUUGUGUUUCCUGCUUUGGAGAAAAACGGUAGUAGUCAUUGGAACCAGGCAGUGAAGAACUUGACGGAGAACGUGCUCAAGGUUUUGUCUGAUACGAAUCCGGACUUGUUCGAAGAAUGUUUGCGCAAGUUCCAAGAGGACCAGCAGAAAGCUGAGGAUAGUAAGAAGAAGAAUGGAGAAACGUGGAGACAGCUAGAGGAGAUUGUUGCUUCAAAGGGACACACAUCAAUGGCGAAGUUACGUUUCUUCUUCCUCCUCGAGCAACAAACACCUAAACAGAAACUCUCGUGGAUGGCUUUUCUUCAGCAGAAAAAUGUUGUCACUAUAUAA